AUGGAAUAUCUGUCUAGGCAGCUUCAAUUUGGAGCGAUGCAACCUGGUUUUCGGUUCCACCCUAUGUGUAAGAGUCUCAAAAUCAUCAAUUUAUGCUUUGCCGAUGACUUAGUGAUUUUUUGCAAAGCUAACUCUAACUCAGUUCAGGUUAUUAAGCAAGUGUUUGAUGAUUUUUGUACUAGUUCGGGUCUGUCGGCUAAUCUCAACAAGUCUCAAGUUUUCUUUGGUGGUAUUUCGGAUCAUGAAAAAUCUAAGUUACAGGAAGUGCUUCAGUUUGAGGAAGGUUCAUUCCCGCUCAAAUAUUUGGGAAUCACUUUGCGGCCUACUAAAUGGAAAGAGGCUGACUGUGGUGAAAUUUUGAAAAAGAUCAAGCUCCGUCUUCAUACUUGGUCUAGUAGACACCUUUCUUAUGCAGGAAGAGUUCAGCUCAUUACUUCUGUUCUCCUUGGGCUGCGUAACUAUUGGAUGAAUAUCUUUCUUUUGCCCCAAAGUGUCAUUAAGGAAGUUGACAAAUUAUGUAUGUGGUUUCUCUGGGGACACAAUGGGACUAGGAGUAAUUUCCAUCUUACUUCUUGGUCUACUGUGUGUUUGCCGAAAUCCCUUGGUGGUUUGGGCUUUGGUGAAGGUCCUAAAUGGAACAAGGCCUUGCUUGGGAAGUAUAUUUGGGCUAUCAACCAUCAACAAGAGACUUUGUGGGUCAAAUGGAUUCAUUCGGUGUACUUAAGAGGGGCUGUUUUCUGGAACUACCAGCUAAAAACAGACACUAGCUGGUAUUGGAAGAAACUCUGUCAUUUGCGUAACUUGUUUGCUCAGGAGGAUAUUGAUAAAGCGAGUUAUCAUGGGAAGUUUAGGAUUGGGCUGUUAUAUGCUAAGCUUAUCCACCAAAAUCCGGCCAAGUACCAUCAGUUUGUUUGGAAUCGAUUAAGCAUUCCAAAGCACAAGUUUAUCACUUGGCAAGCUGUUAACUCUAAGCUUUUAACUAGAGAUCAUCUAAUUAGAGUUUCCAUGGUUAUUGAAUCUGGCUCUUGCCCGGUUUGUGAGAUGGCAGCUGAGAAUCACAAUCAUUUAUUUUUUGAGUGCCUCUUUUCUUAG